ACAACCCUUCAAAGCAACCACAACUUCCUGUUAGUAUUGAAUCAUGGCGCCUGGAGGUUCGUUUGUGUGGACAGACCGCGAGGUUGAACUACUAUUAAAUACCGUGUUGGAGUACAAAGUUAAUAAAACUCAGGAAAAUGUCGACUGGGAAUCCUGUCAGAACAAGUAUGUUGAUAUUUUAGCGCUUUUUUUAGAGCAUUACCCAACGGAGUCCUCCGACGAGUUUCCCCAUUCACAUGCCGACAUCACGCGCGGGAAUUUAACAACAAAAAUGAAAGCAGUCCGAGGUAAAUAUCGCCAUGCUGUUGAUACAGGACGCAGGAGUGGACACGGUCGAGUGGUUCUUCUGUACUUCGAACUGUGCGAACAAAUCUGGGGUGGCUCUCCAGCUAGUACUACCAUAUCCUCCGGUAUUGAAACAGCUGACCUGGAUCAUUCUCGGACCCUACCCUCACCAUCCACAUCUUCUUCCUCCACUACCAUGGAUGUAGCAGACACAGGGUCUGAUAAUGAAAGCAGUGUGGGUCCUACUUCAAAGGAGAGGAGAGACCUGCUUGAUGCAAAACUAAAAGGACACAGACACGACCGUCUGAGGAGAAAGCUGCCUGCUGAGACCCAGUGGCUGAAUGCUCUUGAGGAAGACCAGCGUGUGAAAAAGAGACUGGUGGAAAUCAUUGAGACAUCAGAACAAAAAGCAUCCGAAAACUAUUAAAAAAUGUCCAAUACACUGGAAAGACUUACCACAUCGAUUGUUGAUGGGUUUUCUCUUCUGAAACAGGUCAUUCAUGCACCUGCACAACCACCACACUACAUGCCAUAUGAGC